AUGACCAAAUUAAAUAUCGUACAAUAUCUUAUUCCAUCUGGUUGGAUAGCCCUUCUAAACCACCCGCUCUCGACCAUCAUUUCCCACCUAUCUAACUACCUGCCUGCCUGUCUACCUGCCUACCUCCGUACUUCUCAUCGGCCCGUUUCGUUAGUUUUGCUCUUUCUGUCGGUCUGUUUGGCUAGUUGUUCUCCGUUCGUUGGCUGGUUUGCCUGUCAGAUCGAAAUCAACCGUGAUGUGGGUAGUCGGGUGGCGGUUGGGUUGAGGUUAGGGGGCCCUCACAGUUGGCCGAUUAAAAAAAUCUUAUUUUUUUUCUCUCUAUCACUGUCUGUAAUUUUUCAUUCAAAAUUCUUUCAUUCCGUCUUGCACUCAUCUUUGACUCUCCCUAACUCCGCCUUGCUCUCACCUUUUCCCUCUCACUUGUCUUUUUUAAUUCAAAAUUCUUUUAUUCCAUCUUUCACUCAUUAUUGGCACACUCACACACUUUACCGCGCACUUUCUCCCUUUCACUUUCUCUCUCUCUCUCUCACGCUCUAUUUUGGCUGUUUUUCAUUCAAAAUUCUUUCAUUCCAUCUUGCACUCAUCUUUGUCAUUCUCUCUCUCUCUCUCUCUCACACAUACACACAAUCUGCCUCUCUCUCUAUUACACUUAACCUUUUACAUUCAAAUUUCUUUCAUUCCAUUUUACACUUAUUCUAUUUUACAUUUAUCUUUGUCUCUUUCCGACUCUCACACACACUUUCUAAAUCUCUCUCUUUCUCUUAUAAUCGGCAUUUUUCAUUCAAUAUUCUCUCAUUCCAUCUUGAAUACAUCUUCGUCACCCUCUCUCACUCUCUAUCGAUCAUCUUCUCUCUCUCUCUCUUAAUUCAGCAUUUUUCAUUCAAUAUUCUCUCAUUCCAUCGAUCAUCUUCUCACCCUCUCUCUCUCUCGAUCAUCUCUCUCUCUCUCUCUGUUCGGCAUUUUUCAUUCAAUAUUCUCUCAUUCCAUCUUGAAUACAUCUUCGUCACCCCUCUCACUCUCUAUCGAUCUAUUUUUCUAUCUCUCUCUCUCUCUCUCUCUUCUGUUCGGCAUCUUCUUUUUUCAUUCAAUAUUCUCUCAUUCCAUCUUGAAAUAUCUUCGUCACCCUCUCUCUCUAUCGAUCAUCUCUCUCUCUCUCUCUCUCUCUCUCCAUUUUCAUUCAAUAUUCUCAUUCAUCGAUCAUCUCACCCUCUCUCCUCUAUCUCUCUCUCUCUCUCUCUCUCUCUCUCUUCUGUUCGGCAUUUUUCAUUCAAUAUUCUCUCAUUCCAUCUUGAAUACAUCUUCGUCACCCUCUCUCACUCUCUAUCGAUCAUCUUCUCUCUCUCUCUCUUAAUUCGGCAUUUUUCAUUCAAUAUUCUCUCAUUCGAUCUUGAAUACAUCUUCGUCACCCUCUCUCACUCUCUAUCGAUCAUCUCUCUCUCUCUCUCUUCCAAAGUUCGGCAUUUUUUCAUUCAAUAUUCUCUCAUUCUCUUGAAUGUUCGUCAUUUUCAUUCAAUCUUCUCUCUCAUUCCAUUUUGA